UUUUAAUAGUUUAUUAAAAAGGUAAAGCUUUCUCUAAAAUCUCACUUUUCAGCGUAUUAGUCGUCCUCUGACUUAAGGGGACUAAAAAAUAGACUCCACACGCUUGAAGACUAAACUCAGGUUCAGAUGGAAAACGUAGCCGGAGGAACUCUUUCAUCGACGUAUGACAACAUGACAGACUUCUCUAACAUGCCACACUUGUCUACAAAGUCAAAAAAGCAGUUAUUUUUGCAUCAGCGCGCGGAGCGCUUGCGAGAUCCAAAAAUCAGGCAUAUGGGAAUUGACCGGCAGGCUUUAGACGAGCAAGUACGCGAAAAAGAGGCUCUCAAGCGCUUAGAGAAAGAACGGGAGGAUUAUUACGAUCGCCAGGCCCUGCUCAUGGAUCGACACGCCGUCGCCUUGCAGCAGGAGGUGAAUAAGAUCAGAGCCGAGCGCGAGAAGGAUUUGUCUGAAUAUCGUCAAACUUUUCAGAAAAAUGAACAGCGGCGGGAGUGGGAUCUCAAUGAUCCCCAGGCCAAGGUAAAGGAACUGCCCGCACGUGUGAGCGACGACGACCCCCGUAAUGGUCCAUCCUCUCUUCAAAAAUUCGAAGGCGAGGACCUCGAUUUCCACGAGCGACGUGCCGCACAGCAGCGGCAGCAGCACGAAUGGGCCCAGCAGCAGACUGAAGAAAAGCUAGCGAAGAAGUGGAUGGAGCAGGAGGCGAACUGUGCUUUUGAUAAUCGCAAUGAGGAAACCAACUACCGAACUUACCAAAUCGAGCGAAACAUUGCGGAGCAGCGGCGGCUACGAGAUACGUGUACAGCGGAUUUCAACAAGAAAUUAGCAGAGCAGCAACGACAGGAGGGAAUCCGUGCGAAGGAGGAGGAUACGCGUCUGGGACUUGAGGAAAUCGCCUACCUCACUUCCUGUGAUUUCUUGAAUGAGCGACAGACCGUGAUGUCGAAACUUGGCGAAACAGUAAAGGGGGAAAAUUACAAAUGUCUGUCCGAAUCUCAAAAAAACAAGCUGCGUGCUGAGCAGGAGGAACAGCUGCACGAAUUGCGGCGGCGGCGUUUGCUAGAAGUUGAGGAAUCUAAACAAUGGGCUCAGCAAGAGAACAUGCAGUUGCGUAUGGGGCAAGCCUUAGACCGACAGCGCAACCGAGAGCGAAAGGCAGAACUCAAGGAUUUAGGGGAAUAUCAAAAAAAACAGUCAAUUGCCGAUAAGUAUCGGACGGCGAAUUUAAAUGAGCUGUAUACCAAUCAAGUAGAUGAAGAUUACUUCAAGUACUGGGAUAGGUGCAUGUAAUAUGUACGAAACUAUCAUGUUAUGUAUGUCUGCUUUGUUCGGUGCAUAAAACGUGUUAGAUUUAUUCUCACUAAACAUUUUUAAAUGGAUAGAUACUUCAACUAAAAAUAAAAAAUGAGGUUAUUAAAGCCUUUGUAUUUAGAUGUGUUGAGUAUUACAAAUGUACUGAGUUGAUGAUGAUAGCAUCGCAACAAGUAAUUAAUAUAUGUGGUUAUAUAUACGUAUACAGAGUAGAGGCAAGGAAUGCGAAAGAAAGUUGCACUUAUGGUUUAAGCGAAAAACACAAUGUAAAUAAAAUUGUACGAUUAGGAGCAGUGAAAUAAUGUUUAGCUUUCUGUUGUACAUAUUUCAUACACAUUAGCAUCUAAUUUGCAAUCUAGGUUGGAUAUCGCAUUGUUCACAGUGUGACUACCGGCUUUAAAAGAGGCAGUGAAUCUUUUUUAUGAAUUAAUUAUGCAAAAAACAUUUUACAUUUUUUUUUCUAUUCUUUCAUAUUACUAGGACAUGAAAGGUAUUCGUUUGAAUUGAAACUUCAGAAAUUAUUUCAAGUGUAAGUGAAGGGACCUUUGCAAUAUUACUGGUUUCGUAUGUGGCUGUUAUAGGUAGUUACGUCUUUUCAAAGUCUAUGCUUUGGAUUGUUGGGGGAUGGCUUUCUCUCCCUUCUAUCUUGUAAGAGAUCUUAAUCACCUUACUUAGGGUGAUGGUGAGGCAAGUUCUACUGCCUUCUUCGUACCAAGAAUAUUGGCUACCUGCAAACAGUGAUAUUAUAGACAACUUUCUGCCGGUGUGAAUUCUAGUUCUUAUUCAUUUUCGCCUUUAAAUACUUCCUGGUAUCGCUUAUUAGCUCAUGUUGGUGAUACGGUGCUCGCUUUAUGAUGUUCCCCGUGUACACUGUUUUCGUGAGCAAUUAAAGAAACUACACCUGACUUGGUUUCAAUAGAUUCAAUGCUGCUGCCAUGCAUACAUAUAUAUAUGACCUAGAAGGAA